CUUGAAGGACAAAUUGUUGCAGUGUUAGUUCAAAAUCUGGAAAGGUUAGAUGAAUCAAAUAAAGAAGAAUCUGAAGGUGUACACAAUACAUUAGGAAUUAUAGAAAAUAUCACAGAGUUCAGACCAGAGGUGUGCCCUGAUGCCGCUAAGCAAGGACUGAUGCAAUGGUUAUUAAAAAGAUUAAAGGCAAAAAUUCCAUUUGAAGGCAAUAAAUUAUACUGCAGUGAGAUUUUAGCUAUUCUUCUACAGAAUCAUGAUGAAAAUCAGGAACUUUUAGGAGAGAUGGAUGGCAUUGAUGUUUUACUUCAGCAGUUAGCGGUUUACAAAAGGCAUGAUCCGAGCAGUGGAGAGGAGGGUGAGUACAUGGAAAACCUCUUCAACAGUCUGUGUGCGGCACUCAUGCUGCCCUCCAAUAGGGACAGGUUUCUCAAAGGUGAAGGACUGCAGCUGAUGAACCUCAUGUUAAGAGAGAAGAAAAUGUCCAGAAACAGUGCCAUUAAGGUCCUAGAUCAUGCCAUGACGGGGCAGGAAGGGGUGGACAACUGCCAAAAAUUUAUAGAUAUUCUAGGACUGCGGAGUGUUUUCCCAGUUUUCAUGAAGACUCCAAAGGCAAACAAGAGAGGCCCGGGACCCGAGGAAUUAGAAGAACACAUCUGUUCCAUCAUUGGCUCCUUACUAAAGAACUGCACCGGAACCCAGCGCCAGAGGCUGCUCAACAAAUUUACAGAAAAUGACCAUGAAAAAGUUGAUAGAUUAAUGGAACUCCACUUUAAGUACCUGGAAAAAGUACGGCAAGUGGACCUGCAGAUUGAGAAAGAGAAAAAUGAUCUGAAGUUCUUUGGUGGUGAUAUAGAUGAUGAUAUGGAGGAUCAGUUUUACCUGAGACGUUUAGAUGCUGGACUCUUUACACUGCAACUGGUUGAUUUUAUCAUGCUAGAGAUAUGCGUUACUGGAGUGCCAUCUGUAAAGCAGCGUGUCAUGCAGAUAUUGAACUUACGAGGAGGAUCAGUGAAGACCAUUAAGAGUGUUAUGAGGGAGUAUGCAGGAAACAUUGGGGAUGCAAAGAAUCCUGAAGCCAAAGAAGCAGAGCAGUCCAAAAUUCUCGAUCUGGUCAGCAAAUUUUGAAGGGAAGAAAACAACAUGUGAAGAGGAUAUGUGAAUUUCAACAUAAGUGAAGGGGAUUAUAUAUGUGAAAGGUAAUGUCGUUGAACUUUGUCACAGAUGACAAAGAAUAUAACAUGAAGUACAGGCAUGACUGUCUUGCAUUGAUUGGUAUUGUCAAGAACAAGGUAAAUUCCAAAUGUUAGGAAAGGAUAGCAAAAUCACAGUAUGCUGGAAAUAAAUUGCGUCUAAUAAUAGUGUCAGUGAGCCAGCAUAGGGAUGGGAAUGGCUCCUAUGGUUAGAAAUUGUAGUCCAUGGUGUACUGUGUCCAGAUGACAAAGCCUGAGAGGUAGUGGAUCAAUAGAGACAGCCCCUCCUACUGCAGUUAACUUAGCCUGUGGUAUGGCCUUCACUGAGAAUUUCCUGUCAGAUCCUGAAAAUUUCAUUUUCAGUCUUGAUAGGUUCUGAGCUGUUAUGCCACAUAUCAAGGACGAAAAGGCUGAAUACAUUAUACUCUAAUGUAUACUAUACAUUAUACUAUAGAAUACUUAUUGAACUUUUCUACUGGAUUUUUUGGACAGGGAGGGAGAAAGAUAUCAGACUUGAGCAUUGCAUGAUGUGCUUCUCAUAAUUAUGGGAGGAGAUACUGAAUUAUAUAACCAUUAAUUUUUAAUGAAAAAGAAUCUUCCUUCAAAAAAUAAAUAAAUAAAUUGCAUAGUAAGCUGUCUAUGGAACAACGUGUAUUCUACAGAGAAAAACAAAAGAAAGUUCAGAAAAAUACCAAUUAAGCUUUGGUAAUUCUGCUAAGAGUGGAAUGUAAAAAUGUCAAUAAAUUCAAUUUU